AUGACUCUACGUGCAAACAACGAGCUUAUGAUUCGAUUCGAUCGUAUGUCGGAAGUAUACGCAAAUAAUGUCGAAGCUAUUACUGCGGAGUCAGCACUAUAUCGCAAGGAGCUGGAAAUAUCGCGGAAAGAGGCCAAUGAGCUCCAAAAGGAGAUCGCCAACAUGAAAGAACUAAUCCAGUCGCUGUCACUGGGCCGCCCACCACGUCGCCUAGCGCCCAGACCAGCAGCCCAGGAAGAAGCUGGGCAUCUGUCAUUUCGCAAUCAUCACUUCAACCGCUACGAUCAACUCUGGGGAGGAAAUCAAGUGGCAACGCGGAGCCGUCAGGGUAAAGCGGAACCAAUUAUGCUGAUGGCAGACUGGGACCUCACAAGCUUAUUACCCCGAGGGAUCUUCACCCGGGAAGAAGGCUCAUAUCGGGCGACCAUCGAUCUUGUCCUCGCGUCGACAGAUCUGAGCAGGCGGGCCAUACGGUGUUGUAUUCAACCCGUUAAGCAUGGGUCAGGCCACCGUGCAAUUGAAACAACCUUCCAGAGCGAAGCACGACCAACGCUUCCCCAGACAACCUCGCGAAACUGUAUAAGAGACCUAGAGACAGAGAUUAUAGAUAUCACAGACCGCUCGGAACUAGAUGCGACUGCAGGGCGCUUGACUAGCAGGAUAAGCGCAGCAAUUCGCCAGCUGGUCCCGGUUGCGCGGCCAUCCUCAUACGGUAAACGCUGGUGGACUCCGGCCGGAUUUAACGGCACUGCGAGACUCAUACACAUGGGCCCGAAAUCGGUACACACAAGCUCGGCGUACCACCGGGCAAUCCGUGACACCAAGCGACGGCAUUGGAGAGAGUUCCUUAACAAUAAUGACAUUUGGAAAGCUGCACGAUACCUCCAGCCGGGAGAGGAAUCCAUGGGGGUAGUCCCCACACUAUGCUUGGGUGACCAGAUGAUCAAUGAUGACCAGGGAAAGGCCCAUGCACUCCUUAAGACCUUCUUCCCCCCGCUGCCCAGUAUCCAGGACGAGCCGCCAAGAGACAGGCCGCUACCGAACGCCCUUCCGAAGGAAAUGAUCACGGAACACGAGAUCGAGGUGGCUCUGAUGCGGAUGGCAUCGUGGAAAGUACUGGAGGCACAGGAUAGGGAUACUCGCAGAGAGACUGAAGAUGGUGCUGACAUGAAGAUGCUAUGGAGAGAAGCUAUCUACAUGGCAGGCACGGUGGGCACUGGCUGA